GUGGCAGACAGAGAUGGGGAGAGCAGGGAAGAGAAAAUGGGGGAGACAGAGCUAGGGAAAGAGAGAGAGAAAUAGAAGGGGCUUGAGGGAGAAAUUUGGGAAAGGAAUUUGAAGGAGAGAGAAAGAUGAGAAACACCAAAAGGGAGGUGUAGAAGAUAGAGACGAAAAAAGGGGCGAGAGACUGAAGGCAAGAGCUGGAGCAAGCUGGAAGAGGCCUCGGAAAGAUGCUCUGAGGGAGCGCUAUGGAGAGGAGCUGGGGGGAGGGCUCCAGUGGGAGGGAGGAAGGCAGAGAGGCUGGCAGGGAGGAGGCCAGGGGCCCAAAGUACCUUAAAGGAGGAGGGGGCAGUCAGAGGCAGACCUUGUUCAUGGGAGGGGGAGGGGGCAGCAAAGCCAUGAAGCAGAGCCUAGCCUGGCACAGGCAGAGGAGAACCUGGGAAGCCAGUUCCAAGCCCCCUCCAGGUGUCGGGGGAACAGGAGCUUGAGAGGACCUGAAGAAAGGGAGGGCAUGACUGGGUGUGUGUGGUAAGGAUUCCCGUGUCCUCAUCUCUGGAAUACAUUGACACCUGCAGAGAGCCACCCGCGGGCUGGCGCCUGGCUCUGAAAACCCCGCGUCAGCAAACAGCUCUGGCGGCUGGGGGGGGGGACGGGGGGGGGCUUGCUAAGAUGACCUGGGUGUCUGCCCCUUUAGUCCGAUCUGUUCCCUUGUCCUGCCCCUGCUGCCCUGAGCACCCAGGCAUCAGGGCAGCAACUGUGGGGAGCUAGCAAGGGGAAGGGGAGGUGAAGAGCUGGAAGGGGAUGCAAAGAAGCCAUGGUUUGCCCCUAGGGCAAAACGGUUUGCCCCUAUGGGUCAAAAUGCCAGGCGUGGAGGAAGAGGUGUCUGGGGUUCAAGGCUGUUCAAGACUGUGGAAGGGUAACUGUUGAUGGGUGCAUCUGAUUGCCCUCAAACCCACCCCAGCACCCCUUCUCUCCAGCCAGAGGCCUGGUCACUAGGGCUCGGUUCUGACUGGCCAAGGGGCAAGAGGUGGUUCUUUUAGGGUUCUCUGCCUCCAGUCUCCAGCUCCCCCCAACAUAUAUACUUCUUCCUCUAUGCUAAGACUGGGGGAAACUCCAGCAUUCUGACUGAUGCUUCUGCUCUCCUCUUCAUGCCCUGAAUGGACCCCAUAACCCAUCCAGCCCCUUCCCCUCUUCCUCCAGACCCCUCCCCCUCCGGGGUUAAAGCUGCAGCCCGUUGCCGAGGUAACAUUGCGGGGCAGCAUCCCGUCGCCCAGCAACCGGCUGCAGGAUCACGCAUCUGUCCCCAGAUUUGCCCCUCCAGCAUCUCCUCCCUGUCUAGACCCUGCCUCAAGACACCUUAACUUCUGAGGAGAGAAAUGGAGAGGGCCUGGAGUAGAGGGGUCUCCUGCACUACACAGACCCUUCAAAAGAAUGAGAUGUUGAAGGAAAGGGAAAGUGCUGGGGUUGCGCAGUCCCAAGAAAGGCCCAAGUCUGGCCUGGGGUGGGGGGUUCAGUGCCAUGAAAUUACAGCUCGGGAGUAAUUAACACAUAUAAACAAACCCGCCACUUCCUGCUAAUUAAUGACUUGGUAUUUUUAUUUUCUCUUCCUUGUCUAUCUCAUCCCUCCCAGGGAGGUGAGAACUGGGACUCCUGAGUCCCCAGAGGAGAGCCUGCCUGGGAGGGAUUUACCCCUCCUGGAAGGGGGCGUGUUGGGUGGUCUGGGGAGCUAGCCCUCCUUCCCCUCUGGCUAUCCUAGACAUUUAACACAUCUUGACCUCACCUCAGCUUCAGACUUUUCUACAUGGGUCCCUGCAGAGAGAGGGGAGGGGGGUGGUUGGGGUUGGGGGAGAUGCCAAAGGGGCAGGGGGAUGGAAGGAGGGGGGCAAUUUGGUCUGAAUUCCGAGUCACUAACCACCUGUCUCUUCUGUUUCCCCAUUCCCAUCUGUCUGCCCCAUCCAAUUUCCCUUCCCUUCUUGCACCUCUCCUCUGUCUUUUUCUGUCUGUCCGUCUGUCCAUCCCUCCUCCCCGCAGGUCGGGCCUGCCUUUGCCUUCUCCCACUUCUUUCCCCUUCCCCACCCCUCGCCCCCUCCAUGGAGAGGAACAGACCCCUUCUCUGUCCAGUCUAACCCAGGUCCCUGCCCAACCCCCUCCUCCCUCCUUUCCCCCGCCCCCUCCUCCCUCCUGGGGCGAGGGGGGCCUCCCUCCCUCUCCCCCCCUUCUCUCUCUCUCCGAGGGGGGGGGGUCCCGGGGAGGGAGGGGGGGUCCCCCGAUCAGCAUGUGGCUCCUGGCGCUGUGUCUGGUGGGGCUGGCGGGGGCUCAACGGGGGGGAGGGGGUCCCGGCGGCGGCGCCCCGGGCGGCCCGGGCCUGGGUCUCGGCAGCCUCGGGGAGGAGCGCUUCCCAGUGGUGAACACGGCCUACGGGCGAGUGCGCGGCGUGCGGCGCGAGCUCAACAACGAGAUCCUGGGCCCGGUCGUGCAGUUCCUGGGCGUGCCCUACGCCACGCCCCCCCUGGGCGCCCGCCGCUUUCAGCCGCCCGAGGCCCCCGCCUCGUGGCCCGGCGUGCGCAACGCCACGACCCUGCCGCCCGCCUGCCCGCAGAACCUGCACGGGGCGCUGCCGGCCAUCAUGCUGCCCGUGUGGUUCACCGACAACCUGGAGGCGGCCGCCACCUAUGUACAGAACCAGAGCGAGGACUGCCUGUACCUCAACCUCUACGUGCCCACCGAGGACGGUCCGCUCACAAAAAAACGUGACGAGGCGACGCUCAAUCCGCCAGACACAGAUAUCCGGGACUCCGGGAAGAAGCCAGUGAUGCUGUUUCUGCACGGUGGCUCCUACAUGGAGGGCACGGGGAACAUGUUCGAUGGCUCCGUCUUGGCCGCCUACGGCAAUGUCAUUGUAGCCACGCUCAACUACCGGCUUGGGGUGCUCGGUUUUCUCAGCACUGGGGACCAGGCUGCAAAAGGCAAUUAUGGGCUCCUAGACCAGAUCCAGGCCCUGCGCUGGCUCAGUGAGAACAUCGCCCACUUUGGGGGGGACCCCGAACGCAUCACCAUCUUUGGAUCUGGGGCAGGAGCCUCCUGUGUCAACCUCCUGAUCCUCUCCCACCACUCGGAAGGGCUGUUCCAGAAGGCCAUUGCCCAGAGCGGCACUGCCAUUUCUAGCUGGUCUGUCAACUACCAACCACUCAAAUACACGCGACUGCUGGCUGCCAAGGUGGGCUGUGACCGGGAGGACAGCGCCGAGGCUGUGGAGUGUCUGCGCCGGAAACCCUCUCGGGAGCUGGUGGACCAGGACGUGCAGCCUGCCCGCUACCACAUUGCCUUUGGGCCCGUGGUGGAUGGUGACGUCGUCCCUGAUGACCCUGAGAUCCUCAUGCAGCAGGGAGAAUUCCUCAACUACGACAUGCUCAUUGGGGUCAACCAGGGAGAGGGCCUCAAGUUCGUGGAGGACUCAGCAGAAAGUGAGGAUGGCGUGUCCGCCAGCGCCUUCGACUUCACGGUCUCCAACUUUGUGGACAACCUGUAUGGCUACCCAGAGGGCAAGGACGUGCUACGGGAGACCAUCAAGUUCAUGUACACGGACUGGGCUGACCGGGACAACGGCGAGAUGCGGCGCAAGACCCUGCUGGCGCUCUUUACCGACCACCAGUGGGUGGCACCGGCUGUGGCCACCGCCAAGCUGCACGCUGACUACCAGUCCCCCGUCUACUUUUACACCUUCUACCACCACUGCCAGGCUGAGGGCCGGCCCGAGUGGGCGGACGCAGCGCACGGGGAUGAGCUACCUUAUGUCUUUGGUGUGCCCAUGGUGGGCGCCACUGACCUCUUCCCCUGCAACUUCUCCAAGAAUGACGUCAUGCUCAGCGCCGUGGUCAUGACCUACUGGACCAACUUCGCCAAGACUGGCGACCCAAACCAGCCGGUGCCGCAGGACACCAAGUUCAUCCACACCAAGCCCAACCGCUUCGAGGAGGUGGUGUGGAGCAAGUUCAACAGCAAAGAGAAGCAGUACCUGCACAUCGGUCUGAAGCCGCGCGUGCGCGACAACUACCGCGCCAACAAGGUGGCCUUCUGGCUGGAGCUCGUGCCGCACCUGCACAAUCUGCACACGGAGCUCUUCACCACCACCACGCGCCUGCCGCCCUACGCCACGCGCUGGCCGCCGCGCCCGCCCCCAGGCGCCCCGGGCACGCGCCGCCCGCCGCCCCCCGCCACCCUGCCGCCCGAGCCCGAGCCCGAGCCGGGCCCUCGGGCCUACGACCGCUUCCCCGGGGACUCCCGAGACUACUCCACGGAGCUCAGCGUCACCGUGGCCGUGGGUGCCUCGCUCCUCUUCCUCAACAUCCUCGCCUUCGCCGCCCUCUACUACAAGCGGGACCGGCGGCAGGAGCUGCGGUGCCGGCGGCUCAGUCCCCCUGGCGGCUCGGGCUCUGGGGUGCCCGGCGGGGGCCCCUUGCUCCCGGCUGCCGGCCGCGAGCUGCCACCCGAGGAGGAGCUGGUGUCGCUUCAGCUGAAGCGGGGUGGGGGCGUUGGGGCGGACCCUGCAGAGGCCCUGCGCCCCGCCUGCCCGCCCGACUACACUCUGGCCCUGCGCCGGGCGCCGGACGACGUGCCUCUCUUGGCCCCCGGGGCCCUGACCCUGCUGCCCAGCGGCCUGGGGCCACCCCCUCCCCCGCCGCCCCCCUCCCUCCAUCCCUUCGGGCCCUUCCCCCCGCCGCCCCCCACAGCUACCAGCCACAACAACACGCUCCCCCACCCCCACUCCACCACUCGGGUAUAGUGGGCGGCUCGGGGAGGACCCCCUCCCCGGCCCUCCCGGAUGCAACAGGCUUUUCUCGUGUGGAGCUGUCACACGUGGACGAGCAUUAGGUGGACAUGGGUUUUCUCACGGCGAUGCGUCUCUCCCGAGCAGAGAGGCCCUUUCUCUUCUCCGGACCUGGGCCUUUGAACAACUGGGGGGGGUGUUUUCUCCCCUCCGUUGGGACACCCACGUGGAGGUGUGCUUUCUCACGAGGGGGUGUGUUUUCCCAUGUGCAGGGUGAGGUUUUUUUUGGCCGCCCUGGACACAUGUUGGCUCCCUCAGAGAAUUCCUGCGGGGAUUUGUACCCCAGAAUUCUGUUCCCUCAUGCCUUCUCCCCCCUGCUCCUUCCUCCCACCCUCUGGAGACCCUGGAAGUGGUGUGUUCACAAACAGAGACCCCUGGCUGUCAGAUGACACAGGGUGGUGCCCUGGAAAACCGAAGAAAUAAAUCACAGCCCCCCCUCCCGCCCCUCCCCGGCCCCCACUGCCUCCCACCCCUGGCGAAGCAUGUGUAUCCCCCCUUGGCACAAAUGAGGUGAAGCAGGUCUUCCCAGGCAGGCCUCGCCUUCCACCAUACACAGAGUCCCUGCCGUGGGGGGCAGGGAGGAGACCCUGCAAUCUUGUGCUGCCUGGGACCGUGUCUUCCCGUGGGCCCAGGUCGCAUUUCUGAGUGGAAUCAUGAUUUUGCAUGUGGAUGUAUGUUUUCCCAUGCAGACAGCCCCUUUCGCUCCAGCAUUUCCCUGAGUCUUCCCGACCUCAGGCCCAGCACUUCUCACACAGCAGGUGGGAACAGACUUCAGACUGAUAGAAACUGAGGGGGAUGGACAAGCCCUGGGGGGGGCCCUCUGCCCCUCCCUCUCUCCCUUCCCUGGAGAUGGCAAGCUGGGGGGCGGAGGGUGAGUGUGGCACCUGCCACCCACAGAGGCCAUGCAUGGCUUGACCAAAGCCCUCACUGCAGUCUGAGGACAGCCUUUCCCUCAGGCCAUUGCUCAUCUGUGCCAAACCAGUGAGGUGGGUUUGAGGAGGGAAUACCCCCAAAGUGUGGCAAUGAUCCCCCAGUCCUGGGCCCAGGCAAGUAAACAUGUGGGCAGGUGGGAUACAGGAGAGGGGGAGGUGGCAGCUAAAGGGGUCCCACCUGUGUCCCUCUUCUCACCAUGUGUCAUCCCUCCCUCUCGGCCUCUGUUCUCCCUCCCCGCAUCGCUGUCCCCCUGGGAAGCCAUCCCUUCCUGGUGUCCAACCAGCUCCUCCCCUCAGCUGCCCACCCCCUCCUUUGACCUUCUCCCACCCCUUGCUCCCCUGGGCUGAAGGAAAGGAACAGAGGAGAGCAGGGGAGAAGGGCUUCCCAGGACAGGUUGGGGAGAGAAUGGGGUCAGCUGGACUGAGGAACAGAUGGAGGGGGCAGUGGGGGACGGGGCUUGGGCAGACACCAGCAGGAAGAAUUUGAUUUUGAAAGGACGCGUGUAAGGUGACUGCCCAAAGAGAAAGGGUUUGGGCCUCUGGGGAAGAGGCGUGUUGGGAAGGGUUUCAAGGGAUGCCAGCGGAGAAGAGCAAAUCCUUGUCUGCUGGCAUUUCGUGGGUUCGUUAGUGCCAAAUGUGAGUCAGGGGUGGAGUGCUGUCUUCCACUGACACCCAGAUUCAGAAUCCCUGGUCUUGGCUCCCCAGAACUUUGCCUCCUGACUGUCCCGUCUGCCCCCACCUUCACCCAUGGAAACUUAGUUCUUCUCCCUCCCCUUCCCCUGCCUGGGCUGGCUCCUUUCCAAACAGUCAUGCCCUCUAAAUGCUAGGGACCUGGGCCCUGAACCCUGUAGACAGAUGCCCCCCAAGUUGGGGCAUGGGAGGGGGGGCUGGGGGACCCCAUGAUUCAGCCACGGACUCCAAUGCCCAGCCCUUCUCCCCAGAACAAUUCCCUGACAACCCCAUGUCCCCACCCCAACCCUUUGCGGCUCUGUACACAUUUUUAAACCUGGCAAAAGAUGAAGAGAAUAUUGUAAAUAUAAAAGUUUAACUGUU